GGGCGAGAUAUCAAUUUCGGAUGUGAGUCUAAAUCUGUAUCGCAUCCGCUGGAAGAAUUUAUCUUCGGGUAUCCGCCAUUUCGGCGAGCUACCGACCUCUGUGCCGCGCGGCAUUUGCCGGGGCUCAUGACUCGAGGAUACGUCGGUCCUCGCUUGACGAUUGCACCGAUUGCAAGAAGGUCCCGAUAGGCUGCCAUAUAUAAGGACGUCAAGUUGAACCUCAAACGCAUCUCCCAGCACUUGUGUACCUUGUGUUUCUCGCGAUGUCUGCACCUUUCGAGCCCAACUUCUGCUUCCCCCUCCCUGCAAGCAUCGAGAACGAUAAGGUCAAACUCGUACCUUUCGACCCGGCUUGUCACGCCGACGAUUUUGUGGCCGGCUCGAAAGACCACGCCUGGCUCUUCGACCACCUGCCCUACGGCCCAUGGCAGACUGCCGAAGACAUGACCUCCCAAUUCUUCGAACCCACCAUCCACGCAAACCCCGCCGUCGUUCUCUUCGCCGUCCUCGACAAGCUCUCCCCCAACACGCCCCUCGCCGGCAUCAUGGCCUACCUUAACACCUUCGCGGUCAACCUCGUCACCGAGAUCGGGUACAUCACGACGCUGCCCGCCUUCCAGCGCACGCACGUCUCGUCGAACGCGGUGGCCGUGCUGAUGAAGUAUGCGCUGGAUACGCCUGAGCAGGGCGGGGUGGGCUUGAGGCGGCUGGAGUGGCGCGCGAACUCGCUGAAUAUGAAGAGUAUUGCGCUUGCGAUGCGGAUGGGGUACCAGCUGGACGGUGUGCUGCGGUGGGAUAGGGUGUAUCCAGGGGAUAGGAAGGGGAAUGGGCGCAAGGUGCGGGAGAAUGAUGUGAAGCCGGGGACGGUGGGGAGGGACACGGCACUGCUCAGCGUGUGCUGGGAUGACUGGCUUAACGGCGUACGGGACGUGGUGGUCAAGAACGAACGGCGGCAGAAGUAGGGAGCAUGUACUCUACAUAAUGUUUGGGGUAUAUCUGUAAGUGUCGAGAUGUGUACCCAGCCUUGUGCAUAGGUCGUUUAAAGAAUGUGUGCAGUGGAAGUUCAACAUUCGG